AUGGUCACCUGCAGAAAAGUCGGGGGGUUCGCCGUCUGGGACUAUGUGGUCUUCGGGGUCAUGCUGUUAAUCUCCGCGGCCAUCGGGGUGUACUACGCCUUCGCGGGCGGUGGCCAGAGGAGCCGCGAAGCCUUCUUGAUGGGGGGCCGCAGCAUGGCAGCUUUACCCGUGGCGCUCUCCUUGACGGCCAGCUUCAUGUCGGCGGUGACGGUACUCGGUACCCCCGCCGAAAUCUACAGCUACGGGGUCAUGUUUAGCCUCUUCGCCAUCGCCUACGCACUGAUGGCGGUUAUAAGCGCUGAGAUCUUCCUGCCCGUCUUCUACCGCCUGAAAAUCACCAGCACCUACGAGUACCUAGAAAUGCGGUUUAAUAAACAGCUGCGCCUGUGUGGAACAGGGCUCUUUAUUAUAUUGACGAUACUUUACACUGGAAUUGUCAUUUAUGCUCCAGCCUUAGCUUUAUAUCAAGUUACAGGAAUUCAUUUAUGGGGUGCAGUUGUUGGAACAGGAAUAGUAUGUACUUUCUAUUGCACACUGGGUGGACUAAAAGCAGUGAUUUGGACAGAUGUUUUUCAAGCAGCAAUCAUGAUAGCUGGAUUCUUAUCUGUGAUUAUACGUGGUGUGAUAGUACAAGGUGGUUUUGGAAAUAUAAUAUAUGACACCUAUCAUGGAGGAAGAUUAAAUUUCUGGGACUUCAGUCCUAAUCCUUUGCAAAGGCAUACAUUCUGGACAAUUGUUAUAGGUGGGACUUUUACCUGGCUUGGUAUAUAUGCAGUCAAUCAGUCUCAAGUUCAGCGAUAUCUUUCCUGCAAAACCAGAUUUCAAGCAAAAUUAUCUCUUUAUUUCAAUCUCGUGGGACUCUGGAUAAUUCUUGCAUGUGCAGUAUUAUGUGGAUUAAUAAUGUACUCUGUUUUUAAGGAUUGUGACCCAUGGACAGCAAAAUGUGUGAUGGCAACAGACCAGCUCAUGCCUUAUCUGGUGUUGGAACUUCUACAAGAGUUUCCAGGAAUGACAGGUCUUUUUGUUGCUUGUGCUUAUAGUGGAACCUUAAGUACAGUGUCCUCUAGCAUCAAUGCUUUAGCUGCUGUGACUGUAGAGGACCUCGUUAAACCUUAUUUCACGUUAACUGAAGUUAAAUUGUCUUGGAUUUCUAUGGGGAUGAGUUUAUUUUAUGGUGCGGUGUGCAUUGCUAUGGCUGCCUUGGCAUCAGUUCUAGGAGGAUUGUUACAGGCAGCAUUGACCAUUUUUGGCAUGAUUGGUGGGCCUCUCCUGGGACUCUUUUCCUUGGGCAUCCUUUUUCCCUUUGUCAGUGCCAUGGGUGCAUUUAUAGGUCUCAUCUGUGGAUUUGUUCUUACCCUUUGGGUUGGAAUUGGAGCUCAGAUUUAUAAGCCGCUGGAUAUUAGGACUCUGCCGUUACCUCUUUUAAUUACAGGCUGUAACAUAAGCAGCCUAAGCACAGAACUGCCAACUGUUACAACUGAAAAUACUUUGAGACCAGUCCUUGCAGAUUAUUGGUAUUCCUUAUCCUAUCUGUAUUUAAGCCCAAUUGGAACUCUGUUUACAGUUGCUGUGGGAAUAGUCAUUAGCCUUUUGACAGGAGGACUUAAGCAGAAAGUGGACAAAAAAUUCUUACUCAGCAAAGAGGAUCUUUUUUGUAAUUUCUCAGGUGGUAAAUUGAAACAAGAAGAUAAAAAAGUUUUGAAUUGCACACCAUGCAAUGAAGGAACUGACAAUCCAGCCUUCAAUCAUAUUGAAAUGAUGACAGAGAAUAAAAAAGGAAAUGAUACUUAUUUGUGAAAAUGUUGGACACUUUGCUAAAGUUGACACCUAUUUCAAAUAUAUUAACAUGGAAUACAACUAACAUUUUGCUCAUGAGAAUACAUUAGAAAAUUCAUCCUAACCUGAACUUUUGCCCUUCAUAUUUUAAAAUCAGUCCAUAUUGGCUGGGAUAUUGUUAAAGAAUACAUUAUGCAAAAAGUAACUAAAAAUAUGGAAACAGUAACAAAUCUAACAUUUUGAUUUCAUAAGAUAUGUGAAGCUCAUUUUGGAAAUUAAUACCUGUCAUACCAUUGUGUGCAAAAUGAAAACUAUGUUAUGAAUGUGUUUUUAUU